GCCCCGCCCAGGCCCGCAGCGCGGCUGCAGCGCGAGGGGCGGGGAGGCAGAGCGCGGCGAGAGGACCAGACGCCCAGGUCGCCCGCAUCCAGUGCCGCAGGAGACCCAAAGCGCGCCUUCGCCCGGGCGUCCCAGCUGCUGCCUUGGCCCCAGCCACAGAUCACCUGUCCUCCGCCUCGACCCCAGCUCGGCGCUCCCGUGCUCCCGAGCCAUCUCUACCCCGUGCAGCCGGAGACUCGCCCCAGCCCGUCGUCGGCGACCACCAUGGCGGACACCAACAACGAAUGCAGCAUCAAGGUGCUUUGCCGAUUCCGGCCCCUGAACCAGGCGGAGAUUCUGCGGGGGGACAAGUUCAUCCCCAUUUUCCAAGGGGACGACAGCGUCAUUAUUGGGGGAAAGCCAUACGUCUUUGACCGUGUGUUCCCCCCAAACACGACUCAGGAGCAAGUUUAUCAUGCAUGUGCCAUGCAGAUCGUCAAAGACGUCCUUGCUGGCUACAACGGCACAAUUUUUGCUUAUGGACAGACAUCCUCAGGGAAAACACAUACCAUGGAGGGAAAGCUGCACGACCCGCAGCUGAUGGGAAUCAUCCCUCGGAUUGCUCGAGACAUCUUCAACCACAUCUACUCCAUGGAUGAGAAUCUGGAAUUCCACAUUAAGGUUUCUUACUUUGAGAUUUACCUGGAUAAGAUCCGAGACCUUUUGGAUGUGACCAAGACAAACCUGUCUGUGCAUGAGGACAAAAACCGGGUACCCUUUGUCAAGGGAUGUACCGAGCGCUUUGUGUCCAGCCCAGAGGAGAUUUUGGACGUGAUCGAUGAAGGGAAGUCGAACCGUCAUGUGGCUGUCACCAAUAUGAAUGAGCACAGUUCUCGGAGCCACAGCAUCUUCCUCAUCAACAUCAAGCAGGAGAACAUAGAGACUGAGCAGAAGCUCAGCGGGAAGCUGUACCUUGUGGACCUGGCUGGGAGCGAGAAGGUUAGCAAGACAGGGGCAGAGGGGGCUGUGCUGGAUGAGGCCAAGAACAUCAACAAGUCACUGUCAGCCCUGGGGAACGUGAUCUCCGCCCUGGCUGAGGGCACUAAAAGCUACGUGCCGUACCGUGACAGCAAGAUGACACGGAUUCUCCAGGACUCCCUGGGAGGGAACUGUAGGACCACCAUGUUCAUUUGCUGCUCGCCAUCCAGCUACAACGAUGCUGAGACCAAGUCCACGCUCAUGUUCGGGCAGCGGGCAAAGACCAUUAAGAACACUGCAUCCGUGAAUCUGGAGUUGACCGCCGAGCAGUGGAAGAAAAAAUAUGAGAAGGAGAAGGAGAAGACCAAGGCCCAGAAGGAGACGAUUGCAAAGCUGGAGGCCGAGCUAAGCCGGUGGCGCAAUGGAGAGAAUGUGCCUGAGACCGAGCGCCUGGCUGGGGAGGAUUCAGCUCUGGGAGCUGAGCUGUGCGAGGAGACCCCCAUGAAUGACAACUCAUCCAUUGUGGUCCGCAUCGCACCUGAGGAGAGGCAGAAAUAUGAGGAAGAGAUCCGCCGUCUCUACAAGCAGCUUGAUGACAAGGACGAUGAAAUCAACCAGCAGAGCCAGCUCAUUGAGAAACUGAAGCAGCAGAUGCUGGACCAGGAAGAGCUGCUGGUGUCUACUCGCGGAGACAACGAGAAGGUCCAGCGGGAGCUGAGCCACCUGCAGUCCGAGAACGAUGCGGCGAAGGAUGAGGUGAAGGAGGUGCUACAGGCCCUGGAGGAGCUGGCAGUCAACUACGACCAGAAGUCCCAGGAGGUGGAGGAGAAGAGCCAGCAGAACCAGCUGCUGGUGGAUGAACUGUCCCAGAAGGUGGCCACCAUGCUGUCCCUGGAGUCUGAGCUGCAACGGCUCCAGGAGGUCAGCGGACACCAGCGCAAACGCAUCGCCGAAGUACUGAAUGGGCUGAUGAAGGACCUGAGUGAGUUCAGUGUCAUCGUGGGCAACGGUGAGAUUAAGCUGCCGGUGGAGAUCAGUGGCGCCAUCGAAGAGGAGUUCACGGUGGCCCGACUCUACAUCAGCAAAAUCAAAUCGGAGGUUAAGUCCGUGGUCAAGCGGUGUCGGCAGCUGGAGAGCCUCCAGGUGGAAUGCCAUCGCAAGAUGGAGGUGACUGGCAGGGAGCUCUCAUCCUGUCAGCUGCUCAUCUCACAGCAUGAGGCCAAGAUCCGUUCGCUUACGGAAUACAUGCAGAGUGUGGAGCUGAAGAAACGCCACCUGGAAGAGUCUUACGACUCCCUGAGCGAUGAGCUAGCCAAGCUUCAGGCGCAGGAGACUGUGCAUGAAGUGGCCCUCAAAGACAAGGAGCCAGACACACAGGACGCAGAGGACGUGAAGAAGGCCCUCGAACUGCAGAUGGAGAAUCACCGUGAGGCCCAUCACCGGCAGCUGGCCCGCCUCCGGGACGAGAUCAAUGAGAAACAGAGGACCAUUGAUGAACUAAAAGACCUGAACCAGAAACUGCAGCUGGAGCUGGAGAAGCUUCAGGCUGAUUAUGAGCGGCUGAAGAACGAAGAGCAUGAGAAGAGCAUCAAACUCCAGGAGCUGACAUUUCUGUACGAGCGACAUGAGCAGUCCAAGCAGGACCUCAAGGGGCUGGAGGAGACAGUUGCCCGGGAACUCCAGACCCUUCACAACCUUCGCAAGCUGUUCGUUCAAGACGUCACGACUCGAGUCAAGAAAAGUGCAGAGAUGGAACCCGAGGACAGUGGGGGGGUUCACUCCCAGAGACAGAAGAUCUCCUUUCUUGAGAACAACCUGGAGCAGCUUACAAAAGUUCACAAACAGCUGGUACGUGACAAUGCAGAUUUGCGUUGUGAGCUUCCUAAACUGGAAAAACGACUUAGGGCUACGGCUGAGAGAGUUAAGGCCCUGGAGGGUGCACUGAAGGAGGCCAAGGAGGGCGCCAUGAAGGACAAGCGCCGCUACCAGCAGGAGGUGGACCGAAUCAAGGAAGCUGUGCGCUACAAGAGCUCCGGCAAGCGGGGCCAUUCUGCCCAGAUUGCUAAGCCUGUGAGGCCUGGCCACUACCCAGCCUCCUCACCCACCAACCCCUAUGGCACCCGGAGCCCGGAGUGUAUCAGUUACACCAACAACCUCUUCCAGAACUACCAAACCCUGCACCUGCCGGCUGCACCUAGCUCCACCUCAGAUAUGUACUUUGCUAACGCCUGUGCCAGCGGUGGACCCACUUCUGGUGGCCCCUUAGCUUCCUACCAGAAGGCCAACAUGGACAAUGGAAACGCCACAGAUAUCAACGACAACAGGAGUGACCUGCCAUGCGGCUAUGAGGCUGAGGAGCAGGCCAAGCUUUUCCCUCUCCACCAAGAGACGGCAGCCAGCUAACUCCCUCCCA